AAGAACACUUGUGGACAGACUCCAUGCCAACAUAAUGGCACUUGUCAGACAGGAUUUACAGACAAAGGUUACAGAUGCCUUUGUCCACCUGGAUACAAGGGCACCAAUUGCGAGGAAAGAAACGGUAGGUAAAAAAGCAUUUUUCAUUUGGUGAAAUACUUUUAUGAAAAACUCUACCUGACCCUUUAAGUUAUCUCUCGAUGAAUCCAACUGUAAGUCUUAUUAAGCCAGCCACUCGUCCAUCUGCUCUUCCAGAUGUCUGAAUCUCCUUUUGUCCCUCCUGUUUUCCUAUCCAUCUGUCUGACUAAGUGGCUGGCUUCUAGCUGUGUAUUCUUUCUACCCAACUCACAUUCUUUUGUUCAAAAUCAAUUCAUCAUAUAUGAACAGUGAGAUGGAUACAGAUGACGUCAUCCACAGUUUGCUUUGGAGCAAGAGAUGAUUCGUAUGGUUUCUUUAGAACUUUCAAAGCCGGUAACAUCAUUACAUUCAAAUUAACGUACAGAUCUGGUUACGUCACCUGUGAUGCACAAAAGUCAAGUUUUCACUCCAAAUGGGGAUGCCUUUGGAACCGUCUCAUUCCCAACCAAAUGGCCAUGUUGAUAACUGACAAAAACCGUAAUCUUCUUCUCCCAAAGAGUGAUUUC